ACAUAUUUCUAGUGCAGUCUUAGUGUGGGAUAUUUAGUGCAUGUACACGUUUACCAUGCGCAACAUGAGUUCUAGUUUAUCUGGGAGGAGUUUGCUGUUGCUGCAAGAUAGUUGGAUGCAUCUCAGACGCCCGAACUUCAAAGCACGCUCUUUUUCUUGAAUCGACCGUGGGUGGUACUACUGUCGAUAAAGAGCAUUUUAAGGGACUUUCUUGAUUCUUGAAAUCUGUUAUAUAUUUUGUUUUAUUUCCGUAAACAAGGGGCCGACGAAACUGUACAGUUGCCAGGAGACAGUUUUCGAUUUAAUCGAAACCAAAAAAGUUUGAUGCUGGAUGUCUUCUCAGUAAUGCUUGGCUGAAUCCAAGGACUUGUCUGACAGCUAACCUGUCAUCGAAUGUCAAACAGCAGCCCUUCCAUGUGGUGAUUCGCAAGACAUAUCGCAUGAUAUUGAACGUGUGCAGGGGAGGUGAGGUACACUUUAUCAGGCAACGGGGUAGUCAACGUGUCAGCUUCAAGAUAAAUGUUGCGUUGCGUUUUCAUAACAAUUUUGUGGUGGGUGCUGGAAAACCACUGAGUGAAAUUCUCAUACCUGCAUCUGAAGAGCACCACCUAAUCCGUUGUUGUGGCCUGGUCCGCUGAUUCUCCGUGCCCGCUGCCAUGGAGGCCAGAGGAAAGUAUGACUUCAAUGCCACAGCUGAGGACGAGCUCAGCUUCCGGAAAGGGGACAUCCUAAAGAUCCUGGGUGUCCAAGACGACUGGUUUAAAGCAGAGCUUCACGGCCACGAAGGUUUUGUGCCCAAAAACUAUGUUGACAGACAGACUCCCAGCUGGUUCCAGGAGAACGCCAGUCGCAGUUCCGCUGAGGAGACUCUGAUGGACCGAGACAUGGGGGGGUUCCUGAUCCGCGGCAGCCAGAGCACCCCUGGGGCCUUCUCCAUCUCUGUCCGGCACGAGAGUGAUGUCCAGCAUUUCAAAAUCAUGAGGGAGAACAAGGCCAAGUACCACAUCUGGAAUGUGAAGUUCAACUCCCUGAACGAGCUGGUGGAGUACUACAGGAGAAACAGCAUCUCCAAAAACAGCGAGAUUUACCUGAACGACAGCAGCAGGGACGACUCCAGGCCAUCUGUUCCACAGCCGGCAAAGAGAGGCUCGGCGGAUGGCCACUACCCUGGAGGCUACGGAGGUUCACCACAGCCCGCCCAGCAGCGGAGGGCGUCUGAUCAGUCACACACGCAGCAGAACAAGAGGCCCAGUGUGGAGGAGAGGGCUAGCACAUUGGGCUCCGUGUCGAAGAGCAUCACUCAAAACAGCAGCCAGCCAGGCAGACGAAUAUCAGAUCCCGUCACCCAGCGAGUGCCAACGCAGGUGAGGGCAAUCUACGACUUCACUGCCGAGGAGGACGAUGAGUUAGGCUUUAAGGCCGGAGAAAUUAUCGAGGUCCUGGACUGCAGUGACUCUUCCUGGUUCAAGGGACGUGUGCGCGGCAGAGUUGGCCUGUUUCCAGCCAAUUACACAUUCCCUCUUUGAGACAACUCGCUUGGAGAGAACGGACGAGAGCCUUAUCAGAUGAACACCAUCCCAACCCAUCCUCUGUCCCAGCCUGACUCAAUGCCUUAGGACUAUAACUUUAUGUCUUUUGUUGAAAGAUUGUGUAUAUGCAAAUUCAGGAUUUCACUGAUAAUGAACCUGAGAGAAAUUGUAGUAAUUGUAAUGGAAAUCUCAAAUGUUUCAGCACUAACUUUAACCAAGUAGCCUACUUAUGAAUUUGCCUUUGUUUUGUGCUAUUUGAUGAGACAUCUUACUGUAUGAAUUUAUUAAAUUGAAUGGAAAGAGAUAUA